CUGCUACGUACACGGUGCUCUUUGGAUAUACUGUCCUACACUUCAUCCGCAGAAAAGGCAAUGAUUGCGUUUUCUGGCUGAAGACGUGUACGACAGCCUAUGCUGAACUUGACCCGACUUCUUACGCCGGGGAGUCCGCGUCUCUGCUGCUGGCCUGCUGCCUCAAGAAAAUAGCACGGAUAUGAAGAGCACUGCUACUAGUGACCCUAAGUCUUGGCUACGAAGAGCAGGUCCUAUUACCGACAUCCCAGGUGCGCGCUAUCGGCCUGGUCGCGAUACGCCGAGCUUCUGUUACCAUCCAGGACGAGCUUCCCUGGUAACAUCGGCGGCCCAUGAACAAACACUCCUUCCCUUACAGCACCUCUGUAUACAACUCACAACUUGCUUUCCAUCCUAGCUCUACCGCUCGUUAACCCAGUAGGAUGCUACCCACCACCCUCCUCGCCUUCGCGCUCUCCCUCCACAGUAUCUCGGCGCUCUCCCUCCAGCGCCGCGCAGUGGAGUUCUACGACCCCGCCGCGGUCGGAGGGUCUAUGGUCGACAGCACGGGGAACGGACUGGGCGAGCCCCUUAACGUGAUCAUAUCCGGCCUGAGCUCCCCCGCUGCCCUCACCGACUCCGGGAUCGUCAACUACGCGCAAGCGAUCGGGUACUCGAAAGAAUGCCUAGGCCUGCACUCCGGCGCCCCGCAGACCGCGAACCUGGGCGAUGGCAACGGGUGGACGGACCAGCUGCUCGAGCUCCGCGCGGACUACCACUCGACUGCGGUGGGUACAUGUCUCGAGAGUGUCGUCGGUGGGAAUCAUUUCCGGGUGUGGAGGCAGAACGGCUCCUUGGCGGAUAGCGGGGCUUUGUUCCUGGCCGUAUCGAAGGAAAAGUCCUUCAUUGCCCACCACUCCCCCAUCGCCGACGGCUACGACAUCGGGCGGGACGAACUGGUGCAGGCGGCUCUGGGCACGAAGAGCCACGGCGGCGUCACGUACAGCACCGUCGCGAGAAACGUGUCUGGGCUGAUCGCCCCGGGGGCGGAGGGGAUCAAUCAUGGGAUCGCGCAGGAUGGGGUUGUUACGGUGUUGACCGUGACGAUCGUUGGCUAGCUUGAAGGCUGCAUGCGGGAUCACUGUCUCGGUGGUCGUGCCCGACAUACGGACAUGUCGAAAUCGUUGCGUGCGGGGUAUGCAAGGACUCGUCUCUCUUGUAAUAAUCGCACUCGUGUUACCACUCGCUCGUUUUACGUGCACGUGUCGUUGAAUAUAAAUUUCAACUUACAGGUGUC